CCGGGACGGGGACUGCGGUGAUAAACAAACACACGCAGUGGAGUCGUUAGUGUCUCGUCGAGCUGUGUAGCGGCGGUCUGGCAGGACCGGCUGACUUUCAGGAAGGCUGACCUUCACGGACCGAGCUUUUCAGUCAAAACCGGGUUGAAAAUCCAGGACUUUACCUGAAAAACACCAGGAAUUUAUCCCCUUCUCCCUCCCUCCCUCCCCUGGACUCGGCUUAUGUGACACAUUAACGUCCCGGGCAGCUAAACGAGCGAAACAUGACGGAGCUGAGGAAGCGGGGCGGAGGCGGAGGAGACCCUGACAGCACCGAGAAUAUCAGCGACAAGGAGGCCGACGGUGAUGACAGACUGGGCUUUCAAGGCGACGCAGAGGGAGAAUGUGAUGGUGACUCCAAAGCAGACACUCCAGAUGUUCCUCUCUCCACAGCAGAUACAGACAACACUCCACAAUGCCUGAACAAAGCUCUGGAGGGCCUGCCGCCCAGAUGGAAGAACUACUGGAUACGAGGGGUUCUGUCUUUAGCCAUGAUUUCAGGCUUUUUCCUCAUCAUCUACAUGGGACCUGUCACUCUUAUAUUAGUGGUUAUGACCGUCCAAAUCAAGUGUUUCCAAGAAAUCAUCACCAUCGGCUACAGAGUUUACCAUUCCUAUGAACUGCCUUGGUUCAGGACACUAAGCUGGUACUUCCUGAUUUGCGUCAACUACUUCUUCUAUGGUGAAACUGUAGCGGAUUACUUUGGGGCUCUGGUGCAGAGGGAGGAACCUCUGCAGUUCCUGGCUCGCUAUCACCGCUUCAUCUCCUUCGCUUUGUACCUAGCAGGUUUCUGCAUGUUUGUGCUGAGUUUAGUGAAGAAACAUUACCGCCUGCAGUUUUAUAUGUUUGCUUGGACCCAUGUGACCCUGUUGAUUGUGGUAACUCAGUCCCACCUUGUCAUUCAGAACCUGUUUGAAGGAAUGAUCUGGUUCAUUGUGCCAAUCUCCAUUGUGAUCUGCAAUGACAUCAUGGCCUAUCUGUUUGGAUUCUUCUUUGGGAGGACUCCGCUGAUCAAGCUCUCACCCAAGAAGACCUGGGAGGGUUUCAUCGGAGGUUUCUUCUCCACUGUGGUCUUUGGCUUCAUUCUGGCCUACCUCCUGUCUCAGUUCCAGUACUUUGUGUGUCCCGUGGGCUUCAACAGUGAGACCAAUGGGUUUACAGUCGAGUGUGAGCCUUCUGAUAUCUUUGUGAUGCAGGAAUAUACUCUUCCUGCUGUGGUGCAGAACACGCUGAGAUGGAAAACGGUGAACCUGUACCCCUUCCAGAUCCACAGCAUCUUCCUCUCGGCCUUCGGUUCUCUCAUCGGGCCUUUUGGAGGCUUCUUUGCCAGCGGCUUCAAGCGAGCCUUCAAAAUCAAAGACUUUGCCAACACCAUCCCCGGCCACGGUGGUAUCAUGGAUCGAUUCGACUGUCAGUAUCUGAUGGCCACCUUCACGCACGUGUAUAUAGCCAGCUUCAUCAGGGGACCGAACCCAAGCAAGGUGCUACAGCAGCUGCUGAUGCUUCCGCCUGAACAGCAGCUCAGCAUUUUCCACACUCUGCACUCCCAGCUGAGAGAGAGGGACAUGCUGCCCCCCGCUGCUGGCCAGGCUGAAUGAAAGACCGCCAGCUUCACAGGGGGAUGGCUGGAGAGUGUGUGUGAUGGUUUGGCAAGUUUAUGUAAGCAUGUACACACGCACACACAAGACACACACACUCUUAAGUAUGGCUGUAAGGCGUGUGUGAUCCCAGGCCUCUGGCAGAGUAUCCAUCGUCAUACUGCUGGCUCUUCAUUCAACUCUCAACCAGCUCAAAAUCACGACUUUGAACCUGAGGUGACUCUCCAGACUACGUGGAAUAAGCUCGUAGUGACAAAAAAAAUAAUAAAUCACAUAAUACCAACAACACACACAAAAAAUAGGCGGCUUUCCACUUGGACCAGCACAUAAACAACACACUUCACAAGUCCCCAUCCCAAAAACUUACAGACUGAAGAUGAAAUGUCUUAUCGAACAAAACGGACUCUAAAGCACAUGGCUUACUCAGUGCGAGUGGAUGGUGGAUGUGCAGUUUCCCCGUGGACGGCAAAUAUUUGCACUGACUUUAUCUGAACAAAUGGAUUUAAGAAGCUUUUACCAGCAUAAACUGGGCCCAAAGUGUUGGGCACAUGGACCUGAGCUACAGCAAACAGACUGUUGGGACUUGUCAUUCUGGGGUUUGGGUGAUGCAGCAGGGUUGUCCAACAUACUCUAGACACUGUUUUAUAGACUAUGCUCUGUACAAUGGUCCCAAACCUCACAGCAUAACUAAACAUGUAGCAUGUACGAAAGUCCUGUCUUGGGCUACUGCUAAACUAAGCCAUGUUUAUUCUCCUCUUCCACAGUGUGAACUCUUAGCUUUUAGUUUUCUGUCUAAAUCUAAAUAACUCGCACAAUUAAAGUCAAUAAAUGUUGACUGUAGGCAUGUUAACUCAGAAACUAGAGCAUCAGCACUAGAGCAUCCACACUCAAGUUAUCAUGUGUUGUACAUAAAUAUACUGGAAAUAUUAAGCUGAACAAAUACUACGUACUAUAACUAUUUGUGUGACCUACUGGGGAAAGAAAAACACUUUUAAGCUAUGAGAAAUGAUAUGCAAAAAAAAGAGAUUUAACUCAGUUGUAGCCUUCAGCAUGAAGAAAUUAGAUUUUUAACAGGUAGGGAUGUAGAUUUGAUCUGAGAUUGCUGCUUUAGAGGGUGUGCUGGGUGACCCUUCGUUAGAGAUUGUAAAAAGCAUUUAAAGAAAUAGUUUGACACCUGGAAAAUAAGCUUAUUGAUGCUGAGAAUUAGAUCAGAUGAUCGAUACCACUCCCAUGUUUGUGAGUUAGGUAUGGAGCCAAGACUGGACAGAGGGGGAAACAGCUAACCUGAGUCUCAGCGAAGUUCACCUACACACAUGUUUGAGAGAUACGUGUCCAUUAUUGAGCUUUAUUUGAAGCGUGGCAGUGACGCUUCCAGUCUUUAUGCUAAGCUAGGCUAAUUACCUCCUAGCUCUAGAAUCCAGACUGACCGCACAUACACGAGCGUGACGUCGAUCUUCUUAUCUAACUCUGGGGAAAGAGAAUGGUAAACAGAUUUCCAAGAUGGUGAACUAUUCCUUUAAAAACAGACUGUGCUUCCUUUAUCGAUUUAACCAAUGACUUUAGUUGCACUGUAGCGGUGGGGGUGGAUGCAUCAGACCACUGUCAAUGUUUGUUAAAUUGUUAAAAAAAAAUCCUGCUUCUUCUUAUGCAUUAAAUCACCGAUGAAUUAUUACGUUUUGAAUGUAGUUUGCUAUAACUUGUUAUCAGUGAUAACAUAGGAUUUGAGUACAUUUGGAGUCUGUAUACAGCACAGUAUGUGUGUAUAUACACAUUUAACACAUACCUUGAAGUAUAUAAAAUCUGAUACUCUGGGCGGUGGUUUUAUUAGCAAUAUUUUGAUCUUAUGCAAGUGGCAGUUUGAUUCCUUAGAAUAAGGGUCGGAUAAUUUAAUUUCACAGGAAGUCUGUGGCAUUUAUGAUUAAUCACACGUUCACCCGCGUGAUGAAAGAGACAAUGCCUCAUAAGCGCGUAACGAGGCUGCGACGGCGGCGGACAAAGCCGAUGAGAUUCUCUGAUUGAAUCCAGAUCUUUUCAGAGAGAAAUGUUUACCAAAGCACUGUCUGAUUAACACUGAUUUCCUUCUGUUAUUGGAAAAGCUCCAGGGCCCGGGUCCAAACAACUGUCCCCUUUCGAUUCCGAUCGUUCUGAAAAAUGAGAGUUUGGAACUGGGCUGCAAACUGGAGUGCUAACAUUUGCAUCUGUGGCCUGUGCAAUGUGUGUCACUGCAUUCUGUUCACUUCCCUCAGUUUUUGGACGACGAGGAUGUUUUAAUUUAUUUGUCUAGUUUGUUCUGUUUGUGUUUUCUUCAUAGAAGUGCAUUUUAGCGUGUUUUCCCCAUUUGAAGUGAAUGAGGGUGCUGGGUGGAUUUCUGGGACCAGCUGUGUUGUACUGUAUAAAUCUCUUGACUAAACCCUCUCUCUGGUAAAAAACACACUACUGUUUUACAGGCUUUUCUGUAUUCAACCUUCUCUGUCCAACUUACAUACUGAACAAGAUGAAGCAAAGCAAGCAGACAUCAGUGUUCAUACUAAAGCAAUCUGACCAAAAUCAACACAAACAGCAGAUGGUCAAAUUCUUUUGAUUUUUUUUUUUUUCUUCAACGGCUGUUUUAUAUAGAGUCUGGAGUGUGCCACCGGAAUAAUUAAACACGCUUAUGGGUGAAUUAAAACUAAGAGAGACUAUAAAGAGUUAUAAAAUGAUCAAUAAUGAUUCCGUUUCUUUUUGUGUAUUUAAUGAGUAACUAAUAAAGAGAAUGUCAGAAAUUUGUGAAAAACACAAAAACUUGAUUAUUGAAAUAGUUGCUGAUGCAUUUUGUCCAUCAGCUAAUCAUUUAAUUGACUAAUUGUUUCAGCUGCACACAGAAUGACCAAAGUAUUUUCCAAAUCCAUUUACAGGAUUUUUGUCUUAAACGACAGUUCAACUAUUAAUUGUCAAAAAUCGUUUUCAUGAACACCAUCAGCCAUUAUGAGUAAAUUUCAUUACUUUAUAUUCAAAUGCAUCUAUUAAUUAUUCUAAUUAAUAAAUGUAUCAUUCCACUGGCACACUCAAGUCUCGGCAGUUUUACGGUUGUAGUUCAAAUGAGACCUAAGCUAUCAUGUGGACUAAUUUAGAUUGUUAUGCAAGUAAUGAAGGUAAAACACUUGAGGUACACGAACGUGUAGCAAAGAAAACCUAGUUGUAGUUGCCCAAAUGUCAGGUAACGGUGCACUGCAGAUGUUUGGUUGCUUGUCUUUUUAAUUUAUCAUUUUGUCUACAUUUUGUGUGAUUUGCUUUGAGCAGAAGUGUUUUCUAAUGAAAAUCUAUAGCUUUUGGAGUGGAUAAGAUAAAAAAUUAUACUGAGGAGGAAUGCUGUUAAGAUAGGGGUGGUACAAGGUAAUGUAUAAACCACAUGUUGAUAUCUUGUUAGGGAUAUUGUGAAGCUGUUUACUGUAUGGAGGUGAAUAAAGUUUUUUUCUUUAAAAGGUC